AUGAAGGGUCUUUAUCCUACAGAGGUGUUUGGCUCGUGUCCAGUCACUGUGGUGAUCACGUCCGAGGCUGACACCUGGGAUAUUGAUGCCUCCUCUUGUCUGGGCUGUGGACAGUUUGUGGAUUGGGACAGGAUGCCAGACCUGGAGCAACAGGCAAAUAUCCCCAGAGACAUCCUCACUAAGCCCAAAAAAGAGCUGAAGAAGCUGGCAAGAGAAGGCUACUGGGCGAUGAGCCACGCGCUGAGAGCUCAGGUUUACCACCAGCUCAUCCAGCAGGUCGCCUGCCGGCUCGUGACCCCAGAUGCUCUAGUCUACAUGGAUGUGGCGAGUCGGCUCUUUGGGAAGCAAAGUGUGAGCUCCCAUCCUUUGCCAGACUUCCUCGAAGGAUGCUCCAUGCCCACAUACUGCCUGACCCUGGAAGGGGUCACUGCAUUGAAGAAGAUCCUCAUCUGCAUUGGUAACCUUUUCCCCGACAUAACCUACAGCCCAGUCCUCCCCUCUCUGGUGGCUCUGCUGCUGCACUACAGUGAAGAGGAAGCUCAGUGUUUCGAGAACAUCUCACGUCUCAUUGCCAGCAAUGCCACUCACACCAGCUACAUUGACCAAUCUUUCCUGGCCCACCAAGCCUCCUGCAUGACUUUUGGGGAUCUGGCCAACAAGCACUGCCCAGCAGCUCACAGACUGAUAGCCAAUGCCUCUGAGAAUGUCUUUGAGGUCUACUCUGAAUGGUUAUCAUGGCUCUUCCAUGACCUCCCCUUCAAUUACGCCAUCCGCAUAUUUGAUGUCUACCUGCUGGAGGGGCAGAAGGUCCUCUACCGCAUUGCUUUGGCCUUGUUGAAGCAGUACAGGCUCUCAGUGACCUCCACAGAGCUGGAAGGAAUUGAUAUCAAGACAGAUCUGCAAGCUUUCAUGCAGAACAUUGGUGAGCAUGUGACUGUCGACAAACUCUUAGAGAGAGCAUUUGGUAUCAGGCUGUUCUCCCGCAAGGAAAUCUGGCUUCUCCAGAUGGCCAACAGGAAGGCAUUAAUGGAGAGAGGCAUGACCAUGGUGCAGAGCAGGCAAUCCUUCCACCUGGCUGUGGACAUGCAGAAUUUCAGCUCCAGCAUUGUAACAGCUCAGGAGAUGCGCAUCAUCUGGUCCUGGAUCCCUGAGCGGUUCUCCCUCUUCCCCCCACUGCUGCUCUUCUCCACCUCAGAAGAUGGGUGCAGCUUGCAGAGGUUUUACUCAUGCUGUGAAGGUUAUGAACCAACCGUGCUGCUCAUAAAAACGACAGAGGGGGAAGUGUGCGGGGCGUUCCUCUCCUCCGACUGGAGCGAAAGAAGGAAGAGCGGGGCGACCUCCGGCUUUUUUGGGACAGGGGAGUGCUUCGUGUUCACUGUGCGCCCCGAGAUGGAGAGGUACGAGUGGGUGUUCAUCAAGAAGCCGGAGCUGGCCAAAGCAGUGCCGCGCUCGCGCCAGCGCUCGCCUUCCCCCUCUGCCGCCUCCCUCCUCAGCUCCAAUCCGGACGGCCGGGGCGCCAGCUCCAACCACCUCGCCGUGCCCGCGCCGCGGAGGGCGAAAUGCCGCCUCUCCCCCUUUCUGGCCAUUAGGCAUUUCCUCCUGCCUUCCAAAACAGCCUCCAUGUUCAUGUCCGGCUCUCAGGAGGGAAUCGUCGUUGGUGGAGGGGGAGGCCGAGCUCUGGCCCUCGACGCCGAGCUGCUGUGGGGGCGCACGGAGCGCUGUGAGACGUUCGACAACCCUCCGCUCUGCCAGGAGAACUUCAAGGUGCAGCUCUUGGAAGCGUGGGGCUUUCAAAACACCUAG